GUUUUGACAAAGGGAAGGAGGAUGUGUCACAAAGUAAAGAGGAUACACCACAUUCUAUGUCAAAAAGCAAGUCUGAAUCCAAGCUUUUCAAUGGCUCUGAGAAGGACAUCUCUUUAUCUUCAAGCAAACUUACAAAAAAAGAAUCUCUCAAGGUUCAAAAGAAAAAUUACAGAGAAGAAAAGAAGAGAGCUACUAAAGAAUUACUCAGCACAAUCACAGACCCAUCAGUUAUUGUUAUGGCUGACUGGCUCAAGAUUCGUGGUACCUUGAAAAGCUGGACCAAACUGUGGUGUGUACUGAAACCAGGAGUGUUGCUUGUUUACAAAACCCCCAAAAACGGCCAGUGGGUAGGAACAGUGCUCCUGAACGCUUGUGAACUCAUUGAGAGGCCUUCUAAAAAAGAUGGCUUUUGUUUCAAACUUUUUCAUCCGUUGGAGCAGUCCAUAUGGGCUAUAAAGGGUCCCAAAGGUGAAGCAGUUGGUUCCAUAACGCAGCCAUUGCCCAGCAGUUACUUGAUCAUCCGAGCUGCUUCAGAAUCAGAUGGCAGGUGUUGGAUGGAUGCUUUGGAGCUGGCACUGAAAUGUUCAAGUCUGCUUAAACGUACAAUGAUUAGAGAAGGUAAAGACCACGAUUUGAACUCUUCAGCAGACAGUACCCAUGUCUCCCUCUAUGGUCUGCUUCGCGCUAACAACUUGCACGGUGGAGAAAACUUACCGUUAAAUGACAGUGAAAUUGAAAGGCAUCAUUUUAAAGAUCAAGAUAUGUACUCUGACAAAUCUGAUAAGGAAAAUGACCAUGACCACGAGGAAUCUGAUAAUGAUGGGUUGGGGAAAAGCGAAGAAAGCGAUAGCGACACAUCAGAGCGACAGGACGAUUCUUACAUCGAUCCAGAACCAAUCGAUAUCAAGGAAACUACUUACUUGGAACAGAGCCAUGAAGAACUUGGGGAGGCAGGGGAGGCUGCUCAGACAGAAGUAGUGUCAGAAGAAAACAAAAGUCUGAUCUGGACGCUGCUGAAGCAAGUCCGGCCAGGAAUGGACUUGUCCAAGGUUGUACUGCCUACGUUUAUCUUGGAACCUCGUUCUUUCCUGGACAAGCUGUCUGAUUACUACUACCAUGCAGACUUUCUGUCUGAAGCUGCUCUUGAGGAGAAUGCUUACAACCGCAUGAAAAAAGUAGUGAAGUGGUAUUUGUCAGGAUUCUACAAAAAGCCAAAGGGACUAAAAAAGCCAUACAAUCCUAUACUUGGUGAGACUUUCCGCUGCAUGUGGAUCCAUCCAAAAACGAAUAGCAAGACUUUUUACAUUGCGGAACAGGUAUCCCAUCAUCCUCCAAUAUCUGCCUUCUAUGUUAGCAACCGCAAGGAUGGUUUUUGCCUUAGUGGUAGCAUUCUGGCCAAAUCCAAAUUCUAUGGGAAUUCGUUAUCUGCCAUACUAGAUGGAGAAGGACGGCUAACAUUCCUAAAUAGGGGAGAAGAUUAUGUGAUGACAAUGCCAUAUGCUCAUUGUAAAGGAAUUCUUUAUGGCACAAUGACCUUAGAGCUUGGGGGAACAGUCAACAUCACCUGUGAGAAAACUGGCUACAGUGCAACGAUUGAAUUCAAACUCAAGCCUUUUUUGGGUAACAACGACAGUGUUAACCAAAUAUCAGGGAAAAUUAAGCUUGGCAAAGAAGUGCUGGCUAUUUUGGAGGGUCACUGGGACAGUGAAGUUACUAUUAGUGACAAGAAGACAGAUGUUUCAGAGACAUUCUGGAACCCGACUUCUGAUAUCAAGCAGCAUAGAUUACCUAGAUACACAGUGAAGUUUGAAGAGCAAGAUGACUUUGAGUCAGAGAAGCUUUGGCAACAAGUGACAAGAGCAAUAAAUAACAAAGACCAAACAGAAGCUACUCAAGAGAAAUACGUUCUGGAAGAAGCUCAGAGAAGGAGUGCCAAAGAGCGGAAGCUGAAGGGUGAAGAGUGGACAUGCAAGCUGUUUGAUCAGGAUUCAGUCACGGGAGAAUGGCACUACAAAUACGCCGAGUGA